GAGGGCGAAUUAACGGCAGUUAGAAUAAUGCUGAUAACAACUCGGGCAGUUCUAUUCAACAGCAGGAGACAUUUCGUAGCUAGGUGUUUCGUUAACUUGUAUAGAUAAAGCGGACGAUUGCCGGGCUCGACGUUAGGCGUUAUAACCGCCGCAAUUAGUUUGGCCGCAAUGACAACAAGAGGUAGAAGUUGUUUCGUCAAGCUGACGGUGCUUGCGGUGUUUGUGAUAUUUAUGCUGUUGCUGCUGCUGAGUUCCCUGCACAGCAGGGAUUUGGACUUGCGGCAGCAUCUCGAAACGGAUGUGGAACGGGCGCUGCGAGCGAAACUGUUGUCGCCGCUGGCGCACCCAAGCGAGACUAUCGAGGAGCCGCUUGAUGAGGAACUGGAGCGGCAGCUGGAACACGAGCUGCCCGAGGUGGACUAUGGCUUCUGGACACACUAUGCAAAGCCGCAAAAAUAUCGCAAAAAUAACACAUGCGCCCGGUAUCCAGAUCCACUGGAGCUGCAGCUCCACAACACCUAUUGGCAGACGUUUACUAAUGCGAACGUGACGUUUCGCUUGUAUGCCGCCUACAUGGAUAUGCGUCGGGGCGUCAAGCUGCCAUUGGGUGUGGUGCGCAUUCUGGCCACGGCAAAUCAAAUCAAGUCCGAGUUCCCGCCCACGCACUGCCAGCUGUGGUAUGCCGGCCACAAGGAGCCCGUUAUGACGCAGGUCAGCGAGUUUUUGAGCGUGUGGAUUUACGACUGGGGCCACGUGCCGCUGCUCAGCUAUCCGCAUCUGCUCAGCUGCCCGGUGCCAAAAACUCUGUUCCAUGCCACGCCACGUAUCGUCUCGCUUGUCAGCAAGAGUUGUGACAGCGCCACCAACUCGCUACGCGUGCACUAUGAUCGCUCUCCAGUUGCGAAUGUCACCGUCAAGCCGAGCUCCAGCUCCCGUCUGCAGGUCAACUCCAGCUCCCAGACCUACUCAAAGUCCAGCUCCAUCGCUAGCCCCAGUGCUACGUCUAUUAGCAAUGCUACCGUAAAGUUAAACUUUGGCGUCUGUGUUAAGGCUUUCGAUUUUCCGUACGUGGAUCUCUCGGCUCGCCUGAUCGAGUGGUUCGAACUGCAGCGCCUGUUGGGUGCCACGCGCAUCUACGCCUACAUUUACGACGUGCAUCCGGCGGUGCAGCGGGUAUUGGAUUACUACCAACGCAUCGAUUUCCUCGAGCUUCGUCCCCUAACGAUGGCCAACGGCAUGCCACGUCUACGUCACUAUCAGCACCAGCUGCUGCAGCAUCGUCGCCUAAUUAAACGGCUCAACGAGCUGAUACCCUACAAUGACUGCUUCUAUCGGAAUAUGUAUCGCCACGACUAUAUGCUGAAUGUGGACAUCGAUGAGGUGAUAAUGCCAUUGGGCACUCUAAACAGUUGGCAAGAUGUUAUCGAUGUCGACGAGAUUGAAACGAAAAGGCGUUGCCCGAACGGCCAUGUCUCGCUGUGUUUCAUCAAUACGUACUUCAGCAAGGUGGUGCCCGAGGCGCAAAACCACGAGCAGCUGGAGGCCGAUCAGCUUUAUGUGCUGCAGCACACAUUGCGCUAUCGAAACUAUUCGCUGCCCAAUCGGGCAACCAAGUGCUUUCACAACACUCGCUUCUCGGUGACUCUGCACAAUCAUUUCACGCUCAAGUGGCUGCCUGGCGGCUGCAUGCAGCGCACUCUGAGCACUCAGCUGGCCCAGAUGCAGCACUAUCGCGAGCCAGAUCAGAAGUACGAGCUGUCCGAUCUGGUCGAGGAUCGCAGCGUUUGGAAGUAUGCCACAGAGCUGCGUGCAGCUGUGGAAAAUGCGUGGCUGCAUCUAAACGAUGUUCAGGAGCAAGAUACCAAUGUGGAGGACCAGAAUACGCUAGAGGAGCUGCCAGAGCAGGAAACAGCUCUAGAGCAGGCUCAAGAGCAGCACCAAGUACUGGAGCAAACGCAUACAGCAAAUGCUACAAAUUAAUUCUUAAUUCGAAUAUGUUAAGGGCUUUUUUUUCUUAGUAGUU